AUGUUCGCUAUCCGUGCCCCGUCCUCACUGCUUCGCCUCGCGCCAACAUGCGUUCGCUCGGUCGUGGUCCCUGUAGCAAGAGGGCUGCAGACUUCUGCGCGACUCGCGGAAGAGCUGAAGCGGACACCGCUGUAUGACUUCCACGUCUCGAAGCAGGCCAAGAUGGUGCCCUUCGCGGGCUACUCUAUGCCCCUCGCUUACGGCGAUGUCGGCCAAGUAACGGCGCACAACCACGUCCGGACCUCUGCGGGCCUAUUCGACGUCUCCCACAUGCUCCAGCACCGCUUCACCGGCCCGACCUCCCAAGCGUUCCUCAUGUCCCUCACGCCAUCCUCCCUCAACACCCUCGCGCCCUACACCUCCACCCUCUCUGUCCUGCUGAAUGAAUCCGGCGGCAUCAUCGACGACACCAUCAUCACCAAGCAAGCCAACGAGAACGAGUGGUAUGUAGUCACCAACGCCGGGCGGGCGACUGAGGAUAUUGCACAUCUCAAAGAAAAGCUCGAGGCUUGGAAUGCGCGGAAUGGGGGUAGGGAGGUCAGGUGGAGGAGGAUGGAAGGGUGGGGCCUGUUGGCGCUGCAGGGACCGAAAUCGGUUGAGGUGCUCCAGCCGUUAUCGGGGACGGACUUUGCAGAUAUUCCGUUUGGGAAGAGCGUGGACGUCAAGAUUGAUGGAGUCAAGUGCCACGUCGCCAGGGGAGGAUAUACAGGAGAGGAUGGGUUCGAGAUCUCCAUCCCGCCAGAGUCAACAGUCAAGAUCACCGAGCUCAUCACCUCUCAACACGGUGUACAGCUCAUCGGACUCGGCGCGAGGGAUAGUCUGAGACUGGAAGCUGGGAUGUGCCUGUAUGGGCACGAUCUGGACGAGACCGUCAGUCCGGUAGAAGCAGGCUUGACAUGGGUCAUCGGCAAGGACAGGCGUAACGCAAACGCUCCUAACCCCUUCCCAGGCCAAUCUCGUAUCCUGGAGGAAAUCGCAAAAGGCCCCUCGAGACGGCGGGUCGGGUUCGAGAUUACAGGCGCACCGGCAAGAGAAGGGUGCAAGAUCUUUGACGAGUCAGGAGCGGAGGAGAUCGGCGUCAUCACAUCUGGUAUUCCCUCACCUACGCUAGGAACCAACAUCGCCAUGGGCUAUAUCCGAUCGGGACACCACAAGAAGGGGACCAAGGUGCAGAUUGAGGUGAGGAAGAGGAAGAGGGAUGCGGUCGUAAGGGCGAUGCCGUUUGUGGCGAGCAAGUACUAUAAGGGGAAGGGAGUACUCGGGGCGCCUGCCUGA